UUUCUGGAGUCAUAAUGCUGUUCCCAAUAUAUUGGUUGAUCUUAAAACAAAUGUAGUACUGCGGCAACAUUGAGAUACGCCACACAGGAAUACUCAAGUACCUAUUGCUCUUCUACUCAGUGCGGUCACUGUCACUUUGUGUCGCGCCGUGCUGUGUGCCGCUGCGCGAACCAGAAGUGAGGAUGGCUACAAGUUCAGAGCCAGACGCAGAAACCAAAUUGAUGUUUAAAAGUGAAAUAGAUGCGUAUGGAUUUAAGCGGGCUGCGGAUUUUGACUAUGAUUCCUAUGAGGAGUUUAUGUCGGAGUACUUAACGAUUUUAGCAAGAAGAGCAUCCAAGUGGAAGAAAGUUUUCAAAAGCCAAAAAACACUAUCAAAAUCAAGGAAAGUGAAACGAUAUGUUCGAAAAGGCAUUCCAGGUGAGCAUAGGGCAGACGUGUGGAUGGUCGUAAGUGGCGCAAGCUUCCAUAUGUCCAACAACACAGGCUUGUACCAACGAUUACUGAAUGGUCCAAAGGACCCUAAACUUUGCGAAACCAUUCAGAUAGAUCUUCACCGAACAUUCCCAGAAAACAUUUUCUACUGUAAUGAUGCUGCGGAAAGUAAACGUCCGUCCUUACAGAAUGUACUGACAGCGUAUGGACACCACAACCCAGCGGUAGGCUACUGCCAAGGCAUGAACUUCAUCACUGCUCUUAUGCUGGUCAUUGUCCAAGAUGAAGAGAAGUGCUUCUUUCUCCUUGAUGCCCUCCUAGGUAGUCUGCUUGAGCCAGGGUACUACUCUGAGGACCUGAUUGGUACCAAGGUGGAGCAAGGCGUUCUGAUGGAAUUACUUAAGCUGAAGAUGCCGGACGUUGCGGCCCACAUUGAGAAGCAUGACUUAGAGUUGUCACUUCCAACAACCAAGUGGUUUAUCUGCUUAUUCCUUGAUGUGUUGCCCAUUGAGACUGUUCUCCGUAUCUGGGACUGUAUGUUUUAUGAGGGGUCAAAGGUCAUCUUCCGUGUCGCCUUGGCACUUAUCAAGCGCAACAUGGAGGAAAUUUUAAGAGCACAAUGUUUUUCAUCGUUGAUUGAGGCUUUUAAGAAGAGUACACUGAGCUCAGCAAACUUGGAUUGUCAUGAGUUCAUGCAGAUUGCCUUCAGAGAGCCACUUACAAGAGCCACGCUGAAUAAAUUGAGGCAAGAAGUUAGGGAGAGGUUAAAAGAAGAACAGCGUUGAGUAUAAACAAAGUAGCCAUCCAAUAUUAUUUGACAUUCAACAUUUGUGUUGUUGCAUUCAUACAAAGGCUCAUGCAUAUUCACAAGCUGAGCUUUAUUCAGAGAUACCAAGUGACAUUGAGAUUGGUGACAAAAUAAUGAAAUAUCCUACAAAAAUCAUGAAAUUUCUUACAAUAUAUAUUUUUGAAAAUUAAUUAGAAAACAUCAACCAUAUGGUAAGGCAACUAGUUGUUGUGAUUGAAUGUUUUUACGGUUAUGUCAUGUGAUUAUUUAUCUGGUGACAGUUUAAUAAUCUGUCACAGAGAAUUCAGUGUCACCAGUGAUAAGUGAGUCAUUAUUUGUCAAAUGUUAGAGGCAGAUGAAAUCAUAUUACUAUCCAUCCACAGAAAAAAAAAAGCAAAACCUGAUUGAAAAUGGCAUAUUACAUUCACCUGUGACGGCAGUGGUGAAAACAUGACAAUUGAUGAUGUCACCAACUGUUGUCCCCUAUUGUCGGUGAUGUCAGCUUGACAGAUGAUGUCAUUAAAUGUUUUCUCUCUUAUCAAUGAUGACAGCUGAUGAUGUUACCAACUGUUUUCCCAUCACCAAUAUGUUUUCUCUAAAACCUUUUAAAUAUUUUUUUAAAGAAACUGUUAUAAAUAUCAAACUAGCAUGUCUUAUUUUGAUAUCAGAAUCAUGAAAUUUAUUUCCACUAUUUUUGUGACAUGUGACAAUUAAAAUUUGUUUGCCACAUAGAAUUGUUAUAGUUAGAGUACUAUACCAGGAGAAAUGAUCCCUCAAAAUCAUGCCAAGAUUGGUAGGAACAGUUUCUCAUGACAGUGGUAUUGUGGGUAUUCAAAACACCAAUUUUUUUUUUGAUUGACUGAUUGAAUUUGUUCGAUGCUCAACAUACACAUACAAAAAACUUACGAGCAUCAGGAAUGUCCAUUCGGCCAGGAAAUUUAAGCCAGGGAAACGUUGAUUGCCUAAAAUGCUAUGAACUUGGAUGACUAGUUAUCUGGUCUUACUGAUAGCAUUCUAUUAUAACUACUCAAUAAGUUGUUGUAUUCAAAUUGCCUGCCUAUGAUUCCAUGUUGUAGGUACGUACAUUAAGUAAGCCUCUGAAGUGGUGAAUCCAGGAAUCCAAAAUUGAGGGGGGCCGAGGGAGGGACUUUCACAGAUAGGGAGUCCAGACCACCUGAGCCCCACCAUUAUUGGGGCCGUCCCCCUUGAAUUUGCACAUGGGCCAAGGAUCAAUAGUGAAUAUAUCACUGUAUUAUUAUAAGUGGCAAUCCAUGCAAACAAUCUACAAUAUACAAUCUAUACAUGCACACAAGAUGCUCUGUAUAACUAAGUAUAAUUAUGAGACUUGGGGGAUAGAGUUGCUUUUGGCCAUGAGGGAAAAAUCCUGUUAUUAUUUUACAGGAUUUGACCACAGGAUGCUGGAAUUAUAGGGCAAGUGACAACCCCAUGUGCCACAUCAUAUUUUGCUAUUUUUACCUGAAAACAUUUUCUUGUGACUUAAUUGUCUACUGAAAUCUUGUCACUUUGCUAGAACAAAUAUUGAUGUUCUUACGAUGGAGAUAGGAACAUGUUUUAAUGUUAGCAUUUCGGUUGGUUUGGUGCCCUCGUAGUUAAGUCAUUGUGGUGUCUCAUAAAGUGCAAUAUACAAACGUAAACAUUCUUUUUAAUUAUAUAGUUACUAGAAAUUGACAGUUUGACUUAAUAAUAGUUGGUUAUCCAUUGACACUCAGAUACCUACAAACUAUUUUUGUAUCCCAGGUUUGUGACUAAUGAUAUAUUACAAUAGCGCCCUCUGUUGCUGGAACUUACUGAUAUAGAACCCUCUAUGCAUGUACUGUACACCUAUAAUAUUAUUUCUAUUAAUAUCUUAUGGUGCACUUUCCAACAAUAAUUAAAUAUAAGAAUGUGUUUUAUUUUUAUUGAUGACCAUCGUCUGAUAUUUACAAAGCAUAAGUUAGAUAAGUGGAUUUCCUAAAAAUUUAUCAUUGGUUGCUGUGGUUCACCUCUACCGUUAAUAAUUUUUAAAUGUUAAUACCAAAUUCAUUAGCAUAUUCCAAAACAUCAAAAGUUUGUCAUGUUUUUUAGUUUUCACAAAACUUUACAUAAUGAAUAUAAAGAUAAUAAAUAUAAUUAUAAUAAUAAUAAUUAGUAGUAGUAUUACAUUAGAGCACUGUAAGGUUAUAAUGUUUGAAGUGUGAAAAUAAGAGUUGAUUUUAAUACUGGGAAAAUCGAUCAAAAUCAUCUCUGCAAGCUACGCUUCCCCCUGCUUUUCCCACCCAAUUGCACCGAAAUUGUGGAUAAAAUCUUUCACUUCUAAUAAAUAGUAUUUCUAUACCAAGUUAUAUAAUAAAAUAAACAAAUAAAUAAAAUUAAUUUACCACAAGCUACGUUCCACAUCUCUUGCCCACCCAAACCGAAAUCCUGCUUAAAAUUGAUCACUUGUAAUGAGUUAUAGUAUUUCUAUUAUACCAAGUGGUUAAAGUAUGCUAUAUAUAAAGGCAGUCAGAUUACAAUAGGUAAAACAAUGUUAUUUCCCCUCGAAUAUACAUGUACCAAACGUCCAACAAAGUUGCUUACUCAUGGAUUACGCUUAAGUGCUGCUGAUGCCAAAGCCUGCAAAAAUAAUGGUCCGAGUGAUCGUACAUCAACCUUGACUUAUAAAAGCGAUAACAUAUUUUCCUCCAUUAAUUUAGUUUUCUAUAAAAUAUACAAUGUUAUUUUUAUAUCUUUAGUUAAUAUGUUAAAUACAGCUGAUUAUGUAGCUCUGUAACAACAUAUUAUUUUCAGUUUUUUGUAUUAUUUUUGGUACAGAACAAUAUUAGCAUCCAUCCAAAAAAUAUAAUGCAUUUUUAUAUGCAUUAUAUUAUAUACAAUAUUUGUAUUGUAUAAUGUUUGCUAUUUGUUUACUGAUUUAAAAAUAGUUCAACUGUAAAUGCAGGUUCAGUAUUAGGGAUUGUUACCAUCUUCUAGUCUCCUACAAUGUAAAAUAAUAUGAACUAAUGCAUAUUCAUAAGCCUACAUCAUAAUAUGAACUAAUGCAUAUUUAUAAGCUUACAUCAUAAAUAUUCAUAUUUGGUUAGGAUUAGUAUAAAGCUCUGUCCAGACAAUUAAAUUUAAUUUGACAAAAACAUGUGACAUACCUAAAUAUGGUCAUGACAUCACAUCAUGACCAUAUAUAGGCACAUCAUAACUAUAUAUGGGCAUACAACAGUUUUUUGUCAAGAAAAUAUGAUAGUGUACAGAGCUCAGCUCAGGACGAUCAAGAAAUAUUCAAUAAUUUUACAUAAGGCAAGAACUUUUUAUACCUUUGUUUCGCAAACUUAUUUUUUUCAUCAUCAUCAGAGAACAGAAAAAAAAUAAAAUGCUUUAAAUUGAUAUAAUUAGGAAUAAAUGUAUAAAUAUCUUUAUUUUUGAAGAUUUCAAUGCAGCAGUGGGCGUAAUCAAAAUAAUAAAGAAAAAACUUUUAUUUCCAUUUUUUUCAUGACAGUGAGUGCACUAAUUUGCCAAAAAUAAAAUUUCAUUCUUUAAUUGAAAUCAUCAUUGGCAGGCAGCAGGUUUGCUAAACAGUGUAUAAAAAGUCUUGUCUUAAGAAUGUACUGUAUUUUAUUUCAUCUACAGAGAACUAGAACAACAAAUAUUUUACUUUGCUAUUUCAUAUUGCUGUGAAUCCAAUGGACGUACAACCCAAAGAAAAAAAUCAAGCAAAAUAAUAAUGUACAUAAAUAUAGCUAUAUCAUAAUGACUAUUAAACAUGUAAUGUAUCAGUAGUAAUAAUUUGUACGACAAUAUGUAUAGUUUUAAUAUAGAGUGAUAGAUAUCGUUGAUAAUUCGUCUUGUAAAGUGCGUAUGUCCAUUUCGUGUUAGCUGCAAAACUUUAUAGCAAAAAAAGUAAUUAAUAUACUAUGGUAGUACCCAGCCUACAUUAUAGAUUACCCCUUCACAACCAAGUGUGCACCUGGGGAAUUGGUACUCUAUGAAUUUAGUCCAAGAUUAACAAUGAUUAUAUUAUUUAUAUUAAAAUAUUCUUUCAUUUAGUGUAAUCUUAUUUGAAGCAUAGUUAAGAGCUGUCCAUUCGAAAGCAAUAAUAUCUAAAUACUAAUUGUCUUUUGUUUGUGUUAUCAAAUGAUGUAUUUACCUUUUCAAUUUAGUAGUUGUUAAGUAUUAUUGAGUACUUAUGAAUAUUAAUUAGUGAACAUUACUGACCAAUCAGAUGCGAGUAUUGUAUGUAUUUACAUGUUGAUGUUAAUGAAUGUAUGUAAUGUGUAGUUUUCAUGAAGUGAUUUAUAAAGUCAACACAACAUAGGUAACUGUUAAACCAGAUUGAUAUAGAUAGUAUUAAACAGGUGUAUACAAGCCCACCACAGGUGUGUCCCAAACAUUAGACAGGUGUCAGUGACACUUUGAAUUUUAUUUAAUAUCAUUUUUCGAUUUAGUUUGUAAUAUAUUUACUGCGGUCACUGACCAAUCGAAAGUACUACUUUUCCCAAGACAAUUGUAGUUAAUGUACAAAAAUUCUUACUGAAUAUUUGUUUUUUGUUUUCAAUUUAAUUCUAUACUUUGCUGUAUUAUUUUGUUUCUGUUAUAAAUAAUAUUGCCAUUAUCUGAUCACAAUUUACAGUUUUCUAUAUUUAUUAUAAUUAUGCUAAUUAGUACUAUAAUGCAGUUUAUUAUGAUUAUUAAUGUGAUACCAGUGGUGGAUUUCAGAUAUCCAUUCAUCGGAGGGGGCCUAAUCUAUUUAUCAGAGGUCGGAACAUUUCUGGUGAAGGUUCAGUGGGGCCACUUUGCCUCAGUUAUGGCCCAGGGGAAAAGUCCUAAUGGGGGUCCAGCUGGCCGUAUAGAAAAGAAGUUUGGGAGUGUAUUAGACCUAUGUCGAAAGAAUAAAAGGGGCCUUGGCCUGUCCGUUAAUGGACUUAACUCCCAACUAUACCAUUGUUAUCAUUAAUUAUUAUAUUAUUAUUUAUUAUUAUAAUUAAGAAAAAAUUAUGAAUACUAAACAGUAGGUGUUAGUAUAAAAAGUAUUUAAUUGUACAAUUAUUAUCAUUUGUUUUUGUUAAUGGUAUUAUUAUUAUCAAUAUUAUUUUUCAUGAUAAAAAUAAUUAUUAUGUAAUAUGGCAAUUUUACACCAUUUCAGCAUCUAAUUUUAAUUUUGUUUAAAUUAUAUACAUUGCGAUAUUUAUAUAGCACUAUUCCAUAAAGAUCAGAGCAAUUUUUUUUUUUUUUAUUAAAAAACUAUAGCCAUGAAAUACUUCUAACAGAAGGAAAUCAGAGAAAAAUAAAUAUAACCACGUACAGUACAGGGAACCAAAACCACAGUAUGAACCAUUCCCUGCUAUUUAGUAAAAGGUAUAUUUAUGAAUAAGAAUCUGGAAUAUCUAUUCCACUAUUCACAUUUUGUCAUUUAAUGCGAUAAAAAGAUGAUUAUUGUCAAUUUAAGAUUAUCUUGUCUUUUUUAUAAGAAUAUAUGUACAAUCUUUCUGUACUGUUCAAAAAAUGAUGAAAAGGGGAUAAACUAUAGAAAUGAUCAUACAAUAUUUAAAACAAUCACUGGUGUAAAAUAAAAGGGGAGGGGGUGCAAAUAUCUGAAAGUUAGUUUUGCUGAGUGGGUUAAAAUGACAAUUUAGUGAUUUUUUUCCCCGCAUUCUUAAUUUUCGCACCAAACCCCUCCCCCAAAACCAGCCUAUGCCCCGUGAACAGUUUUUACAUUACCCUUGAAUUCAUACCGGGUAAUUUAGUGAUUUCACUUGUUCAGAUUUAUUGGCAUAUGGACAAUGGUAUUAUACAUCUUAUAUAUAUGUUGAUUUAUUUGAGAGUAUAUAUUUUGUUUAAUCUUUAGCUUAAAUAAAUUUUUGUGAGUUGUAUAUAUUUUCCUGAUGCAUUCCAUCCUUUGGUAGAUUCAGGUUCCCUUUGUCAAUAAAUUUCAAACAAUUGCAAAACUGA